UCUUUGGUAAGUGGUAUGAGUGUGUGAAUUUGUUUUGCCAAUUUUUUCAUAUUUUUCACGAAAUAUCGUGAUUUCAUUAAAAUACCGGUUGUUGCAUCGUACUUUAAUGAUCAAGUUAUUCUUUUUGCAAUGUUAACCUUUAUUUAUUCUAUGCAUUCAUCAACGAAAUGCUUCUUUUCGUUGCGACAUUUGUAUCUAGUCAAGCCUGAAGUAUUAUCAUAUUCGUAUCUCUGCGUGCCGGUACCUGGACUUCAUUUUUCAAAAAGUCAUUCGCAACCAUACUCUAGCUCUCCAAUCGUAGGCCGCAAAAUGGACGAAUUUAAGCGCAGGCGUUUGAACAACAGUGCUGUUCCCGGCAUCUGGAGUACGCCACCGGAAAACAUGGCCGGUCUUCUAACGGGCUUACAACACGAACUUCGAAGAGAGGUACACCGGGACAGCUUUCAACAGAGAGAACUAAAACAGCGGGACUUCCAUCGAGAUGCGCCCCGUCAGGGAUCCGGCAUUCGUAGGGUCAACUGCGGCGAGUUGCGUGAGUGGAAUCACGGAGAAAAAGUUGAGAUAAGCGGAAAGGUCACUGAAAAUCGAAUGGGGAAAUUUCUGGACGUGUGUGAUGCCUCCGGGUCGGUGCAGGUGGUAUCCAAUAAUGUUCCUGUCCAGCUGCAUAAACGUGUUACAGGUAUUGUAAAGGAUAACUUUGUGACGAUUGUAGGCCGAGUCCAGGAGCGUCCAGCUCGCUUGAAGAAUUCUAGCAUUCCAACCGGUGGAAUUGACGUCAUGAUCGAAGAGAUUGUGCGCAUCGAGGGUGAGCAGCAGAUGGGCAGAAAUGCUAAUUUCACCAAGCGCAACUACUCGACUGUCGCAUCGCCAGCGCAAGCAUUUACACGUGGUGUGACAAGCCAUGAAAUAGAGAAAUCUACUUCAGACAGUAUUUUAAAAUAUUUCAAAAACAGAAAGACUAUAUGCAGCGAGUUUAGACUGAAAGAUGUUGGUAAGAAAGUUCAACUGGUAGGUUGGAUCGACAGAAAAAACAAACACGACCGGUUUCUGUUCCUUCGUGAUGGCCACGGAGCCGUUCAGUUAAUGGUGGAAAAUGUGUCAUCCGAGGUGAAGAACAAUAUUCAAGCUGCCUCAGGAAGCUCUAUCGUACUCGUGAAAGGAACCGUGCUUGCUCGACCAGCAAAUUGUGUGAACACCAGUCUUGACACGGGUUCCAUCGAGAUUAUCGUCGACGAGUUCCAAAUUUUAAAUCCAGAUGAACCGUACAAUGGUCCUGAAGCCCUAGAAACAGCAGAAACUUCGGUUGAAGAGCUCAGCAAUAGUCGCUUUACUAAUCGAACACAUAAUUGUGGUGAAUUGCGUUUAAGCAAUGCCGAUCAAAAAGUCGUUCUGUGUGGAUGGCUGGAGUUCAGCCGAAUGAAUAAGUUUAUCACUCUCAGGGAUGGAUAUGGGAUAACGCAGAUUGUCGUUCCGGAUGACAUGGUUCCCAGUGUUAAUAUUGGUAAUAUUGCUUUUGAAAGUAUUCUCCGCGUCGAGGGUACUGUCUCGGCUCGACCAGCGGGGCACGAUAAUCCCCGACAGGCCACCGGGCAGAUUGAAGUCGUUCUCGACAAGGUAGAGGUUCUCAAUGAAGCUCGGAAGCGUCUACCGAUCGAUUCGAAGGAGUUCAAUAAGGCGAAGGAAAAUCUUAGGAUAGAACAUCGAUACAUCGAUCUUAGAGCCCCACAUAUGCAGCGGAACUUGCGGCUCCGUUCGCAGGUUAUCAUGAAAAUGAGGGAGUAUAUGAUAAAUAAGUGUGGCUUUGUGGAGGUUGAGACGCCGACGCUGUUUCGAAGAACACCCGGGGGUGCUCAAGAAUUUGUAGUUCCAACUCGCAAACCGGGCCAUUUCUAUUCACUAGUGCAGAGUCCUCAACAGUUCAAACAGAUGCUGAUGUCCGGUGCGAUAGAUCGGUAUUUUCAGAUUGCACGCUGUUACCGAGAUGAGGCCACUCGGCCGGAUCGUCAGCCGGAGUUUACGCAGCUUGAUAUCGAGUUGUCGUUUACCGAUCGCGACAAGAUAAUGCAACUGGUGGAGAACGUCCUGGCGAGCUCCUGGCCCGACGACGACAACCCCCUGAAGGUGCCAUUCCAGCGGAUUACCUACGACGAAGCAAUGGCUCGCUUCGGAUGCGAUAAACCAGACACUCGCUUUGGCUAUGAGCUGCAGGAUGUUUCGGCGAAAAUGAAUACUAACGAGAAGGUUAUGCUGGGGUUGGAUUCGCUCGUCUAUAGGGCAUAUGCUAUUGUGGCUAAAGAACCUCACAGUGGAACUCCAACGGCAUUUAAGAAGGCUUUAGAUGCCCUUUCCAAAGAACAUUCGAAGUGUAAACUUGUGUUCAGUAAUAUUAACAAUGAUUGGUUGAAUAGCUCUAUCGUGAAACUGUUGGAUCAGGAUGUAGCCAAAGCUUUGAACAAUCAUUUGGCGCUAAAGCCUGGCGAUCUUUUAUUGCUUGGUUAUGGAAAGGCACCCGAUGUGCAAGAAAUGAUGGGUAAAGUGCGGCUAGCUUUCUACGAUAACCUAGAAUCCCGUGGGCUAGUUGAAAAACGUUCGUCAACAGCGCAGAACUUUGUUUGGUUGCACGACUUCCCAUUGUUUGCACCGAACGAUGAAACCGGAGGACUGGACAGCGUCCAUCAUCCUUUCACAGCUCCUCAUCCGGAUGAUGUAGCAAAACUAAAGCAGGGGGAAAGCUUAACCGAGAUCCGAUCGCAGUCGUUCGACCUGGUUUGGAACGGCGUGGAAAUCGGCGGCGGAUCGGUUCGGAUUCAUAAUGGUGCUCUGCAGAAGAUGGUUUUGGAUGACAUUCUGAAGGUAGAUCAUAGCCAUUUACAGCACCUGUUGGAUGCACUGGAAUAUGGUUGUCCGCCACACGGCGGCUUCGCAGUCGGAUUGGAUCGAUACAUUUCGCUGCUUUGUAAUGCACAUUCCAUACGGGACGUGAUUGCUUUUCCAAAAACGUUGGACGGAAAGGAUCCCCUCUCGAAGGCACCGGUGCCGAUCAGUGAGGAAGAGAAAAAAAUUUACCACCUUGCAACGAUGGAGACUUCGAACAAAUGAGCUGGCAUUUUCAAAAAGUUAAUUGUCAUUCGAUCGAUACAAAACGAUACCUUGUAUUGAAUGAUAACAUCAGAAUUUUUCAGAGAUUUUUCUAUCACUGUGUUUGUGUAAGUGUCUAUUUUUAGAAUUGUCAGUGCUGUUGAGAGGUAUUAAUCGACGUAAUAAAUCCGUGAAAGGUGAAUUUUA